AUGGAUUCAGAGACAAGUACAGCUGAAUGGAUAAAGUGGACCAAUGAUGAGACUCUUGGUGGCAUCGAGGGCUGCCUGUCAAAGCUCAGAGCCGCAGACCCAACCUUCGCCAUGGGCCAUGUCAUAUCUAACGGCCUGGUGCUCCUUGGCACUGGAACCUCCGUGAAGCUAAACAAAGAGCUGGACCUGGCUGUGAAGAAGAUGGUGGAGAUGGCCAAGACCCAGCCACUGACGCCCCGGGAGCAGCUGCACGUGGCUGCGGUGGAGACGCUUGCCAAGGGGAACAUGCCCAAAGCCAGCGACCUAUGGGAACAGAUUCUCCAAGACCAUCCGACAGAUAUGUUGGCUCUGAAAUGUGCCCACCAUGCCUUUUUUUACCUGGGCUACCAGGAGCAGAUGAGGGAUUCUGUUGCUCGUGUCUUCCCCUUCUGGACAUCUGACAUUCCCCUUAGCAACUACGUGAAAGGCAUGUAUGCUUUUGGAUUGAUGGAAACCAACUUCUACAGUAAGGCAGAAAAACUCGCGAAAGAGGCUUUGUCGAUCAACCCUUCAGAUGCGUGGUCGGUGCAUACCAUGGCUCACAUCUACGAGAUGAGAGGGGCCGUCAAGGACGGGCUGGAGUUCAUGGCGGGCUCUGAGGCUCAGUGGAAGAACUCUGACAUGCUUGCCUGCCAUAAUUACUGGCACUGGGCUUUGUACUUCAUUGAAAAGGGUGAAUAUGAGGCUGCACUGACGAUUUACGACAACCACAUCCUUCCCAGCCUUCAGAAAAGCGGUACGAUGUUGGACGUGGUGAACAACUGUUCCAUGCUCUACCGCCUUAAGAUGGAAGGGGUGCCCCUGGGCCGGCGGUGGCAGGAUGUGCUGCUCGUGACCCAGAAACACAGCCGGGACCACGCUCUGCUCUUCAAUGAUGCACACAUCCUGAUGUCCUCCCUGGGGGCUGGGGACUCCAGGACCACAGAGGAGCUGCUGAGCACCCUGAAGGAGGCCAGCGAGGCCCCAGGGGAGAACCACCAGCACUUGCUGGCCCGAGAUGUGGGGCUGCCUCUGUGCCAGGCCCUGGUGGAGACUGAGAACGGGAACCCGGACCGCGCCCUGGAGCUGCUGCUGCCUAUCCGCUACCGCAUCGUUGAGAUUGGCGGCAGCAACGCCCAGAGAGACGUCUUCAACCAGUUAGUGAUUCAUGCAGCCCUCAACUGCACAUCCAGGGCAAACAAGAAUGUGGCCCGGAGUCUUCUGAUGGAGCGUGAUGCCCUGAAGCCCAACUCGCCACUGACUGAGAGACUCAUCCGGAAGGCGAAGGCCGUCCACCUCAUGGCGUGACCCAGGCCAGGGCUGGUCCCUGGCCUUGCCAGCAUUCCUUCUGCUUCUGCUGGAUUAGGGCUAGAAGACAGCUGGGGCUCCUUGCUAGGGUUGUUAGCGGGUAAAGUUCACCUUCGAUUAAUUUAAAAUAGGAUUCUGAAAUUCCUCCCAGGCCUUGCCCGAGGUUCAUGUGCACUUUUGAGGCUCUAGAAGCAACUGGGGUUUCUGAUUGUUAUUUGCAAUUGCCUUUCAAGUGUCCUCCUACUGGCGCACCUCAUUUCCUGGGUGGUCAAGGGAUGGAAGGCAGGGCCCAGGUGGCUGGCUUAGCUGGGGAGCCCCUACAGGAAGCUCCCCCACCUGGCUGCCCCUUACCCAGCAGGCAGAGGACAAACCCUGCCAUUUUGUCUUGCAUUCCACAGGGGCCUGUGGUCUCUAGGGGAGGGAGGGUACUGGUGGGGACAUGGGCUCCAUGAACGCAUAGCCCUCUAUCCUUUCCCCAAGUGACCUUACCUCGCUGCCUUUUGCCUCAGCCCCUGCCUUCUCCCUUCACCAUUUUCCAGGAAGUUCCUGCUCUCUAGAGGACAUUGUGAGUCUCUCUGGGAGCUUGAGCGGUGUGAUUUAAGAAGUGUGUGUGUGUGUGUGUGUUAGUAGUGGGGCUUGAACUCAGGGCCCAGGCUUUUUCACUCACAUGUGGUGCUCUGGCACUUGAGACACAACUCCACUUCUAGCUUUUUGCUAGUUAGUUGGAGAACAAGGCCUUAAUGAGACUGUUUUUGUUCCGGCUGGCUUCAAACCACAGUCCUCAGAUCUUGGCCUUGUGAAUAGCUUUGAGUCCAGGCAUGAGCCCCUGGAGCCUGGCUCUUGUUUCUUCUUUUCAAAGGCACAUGGUAUGAGUAUGGGAUCAAGGUCUGGGGGAGAUGGCUUCCUUUCUGAUUCUAAUCAUACACUUGGAUAGAAGACUGAACUCAGGGCUACUCUGUUGGGGAAACCAGAGUGCUGACUGCAUGCUGCAACUUGGAUUAAACUCAAAAGCUGC